UCACAUAAACCAACGUGUGCAACACGGGUCGUAUGUUGAUGGACCUUGGUCCCCCAUGGGAGACACGAAAACACUAGAACCUUUCCGCUCGACUGCUCUUUUAUUGGAAACUGCUCAUUUGGUGGCAUCAGAUGCUCUCUUUAUCGGCAGGCUUGGUGAUUGUCGUCGUGUGUUUAUGCCUGGUCGCGAGGGUCUUGAAUCUUGCUGAUAUUCCGCAAAUGCCGGAGACUUUCGACUCGGGUAGUCCGUUUGUGGAAGCGGUCAAAGCAUCAUGCCCUUUCCUUAGAGAGAAGUAUAUCCCCCCUAUCUGGGGCAGGAGCGGCCAUAUGCAGACAAUGUUUGCUGGUAAAAUUGGCCGGCUAAACCCACCCGUGCUGGAGGGAAAGCAUCACAUUGUGAAGAUGACAGAUGGUGCUACUUUGACAUUUGAUGUUUACCACCCACAGUCGACAAGCAGAGAAGAGUUACUUAACACCAUUAUCAUAGUUCCUGGGAUUGCCAACUGCAGUGAUACCAAAUAUGUGCGCACAUUUGCGGGUUACGCCUUGAAGCAUGGUUUCCGUGUGGCAGUUCUUGACCACCUUGGUGCAAGAGAACACAUAGCGUUAACCUCUCCCAGAAUCUUCACAUAUGGUAGUACUGGAGAGCUUGCAGAGAUGGUUGGGCAAGUGUUGGCCAACUACAACUGCCAUAACCUUAUAGGUGUUGGGUUUUCCAUGGGAGCGAAUGUGUUGUUGAAAUACCUGGGCGAGGAACCAGAAAGACAGAAAAACUUUACAUGUGCUCUAUCUGUGUGUCAAGGCUAUGAUAUAGUCAGUGCUUAUCCCUUGCUCUCGGAUGGUUGUAGGCGCAUCUAUAAUUUUCUCAUGGCUCAAAACAUGAAGCAUUUGAUACUGCGUAACAAGGACAUUCUAUUUGGAGACCCUGACAUUAGUGCACAGCAAUCAGGGGUGUAUGGAGCAACAACGCUACAGGAGAUUGACGAAGCAUUCUGUCGACGUAUGGCCUGCUUUGAUGAUCUGAUUGAAUUCUAUCAACACAACAGUAGCAGUAACUACCUGCACAAUGUCAAGUUACCACUGCUUCUUCUAAAUGCGAGGGAUGACCCUAUUGUCCCAGAGCAGUUAUAUGUUUCCCCCAAGAAACAUGUCCAUGAGAACCCCAAUGCAAUGUUCGUGGUCACAGAGCAUGGUGGUCACCUAGGUUACUACGAGGGCGGGUUAAUAGGCAUCUCAGACCUGACUUGGCUUGAUCGCUCACUCCUUCAGUAUAUCCUAGCUGUGCUGUCAAUCACGAGUAUCAAUGCAUCCAAGACUUCCUAUUGCUGAUCCUCAUCUCCAUAGCGAUAGAAAUAGGUAUUAAAAGCCAAUCCCAGGCCUUCUAAUCGGGUCUUCUAUGCUGAACUUUUAGGCAGCCUGAGGCCUGGGGAUUGUUUCUUGUGACGAUGGAUGGAUUUUUAUUUCAAGAUGGAUUGAAUCUCAAAGCAAUUCAAGCCGAUUUAUUCCCCUACUUUAUUCCCCUAUUUUAUUGGAGCACUACUAUUUUACACAAGUCAGGUACAGACUCUUUAAAUUGGUGUAAGUUGCUACGCAGUUGCACAGGCUCUCACUGCGCAAGUUGUUUGAAUGUAUUUCCCUUCAGCUUUCGAACUUGAUCUUUACAUAGUACUGAGUUUUACGGAGAUCACCGCGAAAAUAUAUAUUUAUUAUUUUGCUUGUAAUGAUGUGGAAUAUUUAUUUUCCAUUCUGUGCCCCGCUAACUCGAACUCAGAUAACUAGAACUCCCUAAUAACUCGAACUCGGAUAACUUGAACUCCCCGCUAACUGGCUUGUCAUCUCCCUUGACAGCUCAAGUUAGCAGCGUUCCAAUUAUUUAUAAAAAUUAUUAUAAAUGCGGAAAAAGUAAAACUGAAGACGAACUGAAUCCAUAAUCCUUGUAACUUUUUUUUAGCAUUUAAGGCUUAUGAAAAUAAUAUCAGUUGAUUUUCGCGUGGCAAUCUUGAGAAUGGUUCGUUUAUCUUUAAACAUCUCGUUUCAUCCUAGCUCUUUUCUCCCCAUUUUCUAUGUUCGCGUAUUAAUGUGUGUGUUUGCUUUAGUAAUAUUCCACUAAUUCAAACAUAUGGUUAAACUAUACUUAAUCACAACUUAGGUGUAAUAUAUUUUUUGUGUUUGAGUUGAUAAAGAAUGUAUUUUUGCUAAAUAGGCCAGAUAACUAUGUAAUUUUGAAUUAAAAGAAACUAAAAUUUUG